AUGGACUACCAAAACCGCGCCGGCUCCAAAUUCGGCGGCGGCGGCGUGGCCUCCCACUCCGCCACAAACGCCGACCGCCGCGAGCGCCUGCGCAAGCUCGCCCUCGAGACAAUCGACCUCGACAAGGACCCCUACUUCUUCAAGAACCACGUCGGCUCCUUCGAGUGCCGCCUCUGCCUCACCGUCCACCAGAACGACGGCUCCUACCUCGCCCACACCCAGGGCAAGAAGCACCAGACCAACCUCGCCCGCCGCGCCGCGCGCGAGCAGAAGGAAGGCAAGCAGAACAUCGACCCGGCCACCGGUUUACCUGUGGGUGUCGUCGGCGCCGGCUUCGGCGCCCUCGCCCGCAAGAACGUCAUCAAGAUCGGCCGCCCGGGCUACAAGAUCACAAAGGUCCGCGACCCCGUCAGCAGGCAGCAGGGCCUGCUGUUCCAGCUGCAGUACCCCGACAUCAGCCCGGACGUCGAGCCCAAGUGGCAGGUCAUGAACGCCUUCACGCAGCGCGUCGAGGAGCCCGACAAGAACUUCCAGUACCUGCUGGUCGCGGCCGAGCCGUACGAGACGUGCGCGUUCAAGAUCCCCGCGCGCGAGCUCGACAAGCGUGAGGACAAGCAGUUCAGCUUCUGGGACCCCGACGCCAAGGAGUACUGGCUGCAGGUCAUGUUCAUGUCCGAGAGAGAGGAGAGGUAUGUCGCCGCGCCGGGUCUGAGCUCGCGCAGGUGA